AGACUUACAAAAUGGCCAAGCUUGUUUCUUGUUUUAAAAGCAUGAUUUGUUUCCAAAUUAUGUACACUCUUCCUCACACUAUGGGGGAAGAGAUCACCAUAAGUACAGUAAAUCAAUCACUAAAAAUUCAGUUUAACCUGACAGAACUGAUUGAAUGGAUAUCCUGUGCCAUAGAUCCUCUUUGUACUAGAGUUAAUGUUACGGUAACCAACACUCUUAGCUUAGACGAUGAAAUUAGAGAUUUUGGAGUUACCAACAUUACUACAGAUGUUGGCCGCAUGAGAGAUGGUACUGGCGUCAUUUCUACAGACCAUAGUGAUAACAUCAUUGAAGAUGGGACUGACAACGUUACAACAGACAGUAGUGACAACAUCACUACAGAUGGCACUGACAACGUUACUACAGACCUUAGUGACAACAUCACCAACGAUGGUACUGACAACUUUACUACAGACGGAAGUGACAACAUCACUACAGAUGGUACUGACAAAGUUACUACAGACUUUAGUGACAACAUCACUACAGAUGGUACUGACAAAGUUACUACAGACUUUAGUGACAACAUCACUACAGAUGGUACUGACAACAUUACUACAGACCUCAGUGACAACAUCACCACAGAUGGUACUGACAACACUACUACAGACCGCAGUGAAAACAUCACCACAGAUGGUACUGACAACGUUACUACAGACCGUAGUGACAACAUCACCACAGAUGGUGCUAACAGCAUUACAACAAAUGGUAGUGACAACGUUAUUGCAGAUGCUAGUGACAACUUUACGGCAGACCGCAGUGACACAAUCACUACAGAUGGUACUGACAAUGUAACUUCAACAUUGACAACACCUAACAUUUCUUCUACAACUGUCAGCAAUAGUUCAUCAUCUACUGCUACAACUUCUACUACUACUGCUACUACUACAACUUCUACUACUACUACUACUACUUCUACAACUUCUACAACUACUACUACUACUACUACUACUACUACUGAUACUACAACUACUUCUACUACUACUACUUCUACUACUACUACUACUACUACUACUACUUUUAUUACUUCUUCUUUGACAACUUCUACUACUACUACUACUUCCACUUCUACAUCACAUCCAACUACAUCUUUCAAAGAUUUUACCACAAAUCUUAAAAUAAGCUGCUGA